AUUUCUACCCGCGGCGCAUUUUAUACACUCGUCCUUCUCAAUUUCCACACCCCCAACGCUCACGUGCGCACCUCCUCACUCUCCUCCGGCUAAUCCAUCACCGCCGCCGCCGUACCGGAGCUUCUCAGCUCGCACAGAUUCUCUCGAUUAAGCUAGAGGCAGACCAGGGCUUACGAACUUCUCAGAAAUUGAUAGAGUUUGUGAAGGAUUUGGCUGUGUUGUUGUGUUUGUGAUUAUCUGCGAUUCCAUGGAGGUUGGGAUUUGGUUUGGAUUUUCGAUAUUGUAGGUGGAAUUUAAACAUGUGCCUUAAUUUUCUGAGACUAGAGAAGUGGAAGGUAAUGCUUUGCUUUCGUCAUUCGGGGACUGAAGCUGGUUUAGGGUUAAGGGAGGGUGUGCUGUCUUGAAAUUUGGGGUUGAAGAGAUGGAUGGAGACGAGAAGAGGCUGAGAGCUAGGAAGAGAUCCAAGUUAAUGAUGGUUAAUCUCAAUUUGGAUGGCGACGAUGAGCCGAUUGGGACUCUGCUGAAGAAGAGGCUGAGGAACCCUAAGAAGGUUAAGCUGGGUUUGGUGGGGGAGAGGGGGAAGAAAGUGGAGGUUGGAGAGGGUGAUUUUGGGGGAUUGGAUGAUACGUUGGCGAGUCUUAGGAAGAAGCUCAAGGGUCCUAAGAAGGAUUCCGGGGCGAGGGGAAGGAGGAGUUCUAGUUUGGAUGUUGUGCAGUCUUCAGAUCAGGAUGGGGGUUCCGACGGGAAAUCAGUGUCGAGGAGCAUUGAGAAAGGUGUGGUUAGGGGUGAUGAUGAUGGAUGCAAUGUGAUUAGGGAUGUGAAAGUGGAAAAUAAGCUUAAAGGAAAGGGAAAGAGACCCAAGGUUUCAGGACUGGUAUCUGGGGAGGGUUCUAAUAGUUCUCCAGAUCAUCAUAUGAAAGAUUCGUUGUCGGUAUUUUUUCAGAAGGCACAGUCCAGUGUUACUAAGAAGUCUCAUCCCUCAUCAAGUCUUAGAGAGAAGACUGGUUCUCAGGAUCUGGAGGAUGAUGGAUUGAACCAUAGUUCAGAAGAUGUUGGAGGAAAUAGCAUACCUGUGGCUGUGCAGAGCCAUACUUCUGUUGCAAAACUUACCUACGAAAAACCAAUAUUUGAUGGUGGUUUGCUGUCUGAUGCUGGUUUGAAAGUGUUAGAUUCAGUCAUUGAUCAGUAUAAGAUAGAGGAACGAAACAGAAUUUGCCAGGAUUCUGACUGCAACAGACAAAAUGACGAUAGGUCUCAAGGACUUUAUUCUAUUCGAAAUGAGAUGAUGAGACUUGAAGAUAGAAAGCAUGAACCCAUAGUGGAUCCUUCUGGUUUAAAUGUUCAGGAGGAACCGUGUAGCUUGGAUAAACCUAAUGAUGGAGAGAGCCAGCACACACAAAAUAGUGAAAAUACUCAAACCUCUGAGAACAGAAUAAGGCACUGCUCUGUGACAAACUCAAGUGCUUUAACAAGUUGUGAACAGCAGGGGGAAAUUCUUGCGGUUGGUAACCAUGACUUGAAAGGGGGCUUUCCUGAUGCUCUGUCCAUUCAGUCCAAAGAUGUUCUAGCUAGAUGCACUUCUGGCGCAGACUGUGAUAUAUCUUCUUCAACUGGAAACCAAAUUCUGAUUCCUCAUUAUAAUGAUGAUUUGCUGAACAAAUCUAACUUUUCCCCGGAUGAACUCAAAGGGGGAGAAACUCCCCGUGAUUGUGUAGUUGCUUACACUGAGGGGAAAGAUCUUGUUUCCAGACCUUUGCAUUUAGAGAAUGCCAACACAACUGAUUGCCAGAAAUCUUCAAUCCAGUUUAGUAAUCAAGCAGAAAUUUUGCAAACUGCCUCCGUUCAGAAGGGAAGCUAUUGUGAAGACUUGUCUUCUGAUGAAGCAUCAAAAGAGAAGAUUAUUCCAAAACAUGAUUAUAUUACUAGUAAUGAAGAGGUGGAUGGAGCUUCUCCCCCUUUAUACACAACACUAGAUGAGAAUGAGAGUUUCCCAGAAGACACAGUAUUUCAACCUGAUAUUAGAAACAAAGACGAUAAGCAAGUCCUCCUGCGUGCACCACGGAAUGUUAGGAAACGCAGGCAUGGAGACAUGGCUUAUGAGGGGGAUGUUGAUUGGGAGAUCAAUGAUCAAGGAUUGGAUAGUGACAAUUCAAAUAGAGCGAGAGUGAAGUUUGAUUCCUCUUCAAGUAUUGGCACAGAAGCUGAAAGUGGUGGGGCUGCAGCAGUGUCUGCGGGUCUUAAAGCUCACACUGCGGGUCCCGUUGAGAAGAUUAAAUUUAAGGAGAUUUUGAAGCGCAGAGGUGGGCUUCAGGAUUACUUGGAAUGCAGGAAUCAGAUCUUAGCUCUGUGGAGCAAAGAUGUCAGUCGAAUUUUGCCUCUCACCGACUGUGGGGUAACAGAGCCUGCCUGUGUGGAUGAACCAGGGCGUGCUUCCCUAAUUAGGAAUAUUUAUGCUUUUCUAGAUCUCAGUGGUUAUAUAAAUGUUGGAAUUGCUGCCGAGAAGGAUAAAGCAGAAGAUGGUUCUAAACAUGACUAUAAAAUUCUCAGAGAAAAACCUUUUGAGGAAGUUUCUGGGGUUUCAGUUGCUGACUCAGAGGAUGGGGUUUCCUUUAUCAUUGGCCAGGUUAAGAAUUCAAAUGCUUUUACUGAUACUGAGAAUGGAAUUACAGAUAAUAGUGAAAAUUUGACUGAGGGAGCCACAAAAGACAAUGCACAUGUUGGAGCAGUGGCAUUGGAAUUACUUGAUGCAAAAAUUCCUGGAGAAUGCCAAACUGACUACCUAGAGAACUGUAAUGGUGAUGCAAGGUUCCAAAGUCGAUCGGACAAUCUGGAUGUUUCAAGUAGUGAUCCAUCUGGUGAUAUAUUGGAUGGUGGAGUCGUCCCUAUUGUAACUCCAGUGAUAAAGAAAGAAUCACAGAGUAUCCAGUCGACACCAUUUGAUCAUCUACCAAGUAAUAACACCCUGCAAUGUGGUCCAGAAGACAAAAAGGAAAUCAUCGUCAUAGGUGCUGGUCCUGCUGGCUUAACUGCUGCACGCCACUUGCAGCGUCAAGGGUUUUCAGUCAAUAUACUUGAAGCUAGGAGUCGAAUCGGAGGUCGUGUUUAUACAGAUCGGUCAUCUCUAUCAGUGGCAGUGGAUCUUGGAGCUAGCAUUAUUACUGGUGUUGAGGCUGAUUGGGCAACAGAAAGAAGACCCGAUCCCUCCUCAUUGGUCUGUGCUCAGUUGGGCCUUGAGUUGACUGUAUUGAACAGUGAUUGCCCUCUUUAUGAUAUCGAAACUGGCCAAAAAGUUCCUGCAGAUCUGGAUGAAGCAUUGGAAGCAGAGUUUAACAGCCUUCUUGAUGAUAUGGUAUUGCUUGUAGCACAGAAGGGAGAACGUGCAGAAAGGAUGUCUCUUGAGGAAGGUUUUGAGUAUGUCCUUAAAAGGCGUCGUAUGGCACAAUCAGGGAGUGCUGAAGAAAUAGAAUUGCAUAAUCCAAGGGAUGACGCCAGAACAAAUAUUGAUGGUAGUAUUGCUGAAAAAAGUUGUUCCAAGCCAGAAGUAUUGAGUCCUCUUGAGAGGAGAGUUAUGGAUUGGCAUUUUGCUAAUUUGGAGUAUGGUUGUGCUGCUCCACUCAAGGAGGUAUCUCUCCCCAAUUGGAACCAAGAUGAUGCUUAUGGUGGCUUUGGGGGAGCUCAUUGUAUGAUUAAAGGGGGUUACAGCACUGUUGUUGAGUCUCUCGGGGAAGGCCUACGCAUUCACUUGGAUCAUGUAGUCACUGAUAUUUCAUAUGGCGAGAAUAGUGAAUUGAAUAACAGCCAGUGUAACAAAGUCAAAGUCUCCACAUCAAAUGGGCGCAUCUUUUCUGGAGAUGCAGUCUUGAUUACAGUGCCUCUUGGGUGCUUAAAAGCAGAAACUAUUAAGUUCUCUCCACCAUUGCCCCAGUGGAAACAUUCUUCUAUCAUGCAGCUUGGAUUUGGCGUUCUUAAUAAAGUAGUUUUGGAAUUUCCAGAUGUCUUUUGGGAUGACUCUGUGGACUACUUUGGAGCAACUGCUGAAGAUACUGACCUGAGGGGUCAGUGCUUUAUGUUUUGGAAUAUCAAGAAAACUGUUGGGGCUCCUGUUCUUAUAGCUUUAGUGGUUGGUAAGGCAGCUAUAGAAGGCCAAAAGAUGAGCUCUUCCGAUCAUGUUAACCAUGCAUUAGUGGCUCUACGUAAAUUGUUUGGAGUGGCUUCUGUACCUGAUCCAGUUGCAUCAGUUGUGACAGAUUGGGGUAGGGAUCCUUUCAGUUACGGUGCCUACUCAUAUGUUGCUGUUGGAGCUUCUGGAAAAGACUACGAUAUACUAGGGAGACCUGUUAAUAACUGCCUAUUUUUCGCUGGCGAAGCUACGUGCAAGGAGCAUCCUGAUACUGUUGGUGGUGCAAUGAUGAGUGGGCUUCGAGAGGCAGUGCGUAUAAUUGACAUACUGACAACCGGAUAUGAUUACACAGCAGAAGCAGAAGCCAUGGAGUCCAUACAGAGACAGUCUGCCUCUGAAAAGGAUGAAGUUUGGGACAUAACAAGGAGACUUGAUGCCGUCGAGCUUUCCAAAGUCCUUUACAAGAACAAGGAGUCCUUACUUCAGGAAUUGUUCUUUAAUGCAAAAUCUACAAAAGGGAGGUUGCAUCUGGUCAAAGAGCUAUUGACUCUCCCUGCUGAAACAUUGAAGUCCUUCGCUGGCACCAAAGAGGGGCUAACCACGCUAAACUCGUGGAUACUGGAUUCAAUGGGGAAAGCAGGGACUCAACUCUUGCGACAUUGUGUGCGUCUUCUUGUUCUUGUGUCAACAGACUUACUGGCCGUGCGCUUAUCUGGCAUUGGGAAAACCAUAAGAGAGAAAGUUUGUGUACAUACUAGCCGUGAUAUACGUGCUAUUGCAAGUCAGCUAGUUAGCGUGUGGCUUGAAGUCUUCCGCAGAGAAAAAGCUUCUAAUGGAGGACUGAAAUUAUCAAAGCAAGCCAGUGGUGUAGAUUCAUUAAAGAGAAAGACUGUCAGAGACUCAUCUUCUGGAAAGCCACCACUACACAUGUAUCAUGGUGCUUUUGAGCACAAAGGACAGGAAUCUGCAUCCAUGGGAAGCCAUUUGCCUUCAAAUCAUAAUGUGAAGAAAGUGAAUGGCAAAACCAUUAAACUUGAAAGAGCAAAUUCCUCAAGGUACGGGGGUUCAACAGGCAGACCACAUGAUGACGACUUUGCUAUGACUGAAGAAGAAAGAGCUGCCAUUGCUGCUGCUGAAGCAGCACGUGCAGCAGCUAUUGCAGCUGCAAAGGCAUAUGCAUCUUCAGAAGCCAAGAGCAGUUCUUUACUCCAGCUUCCUAAGAUUCCCUCGUUUCAUAAGUUUGCUCGACGGGAUCAGUACCCUCAAAUGGAUGAGUAUGAUUUUAGGAGGAAGUGGUCUGGUGGUGUUCUGGGUACAGAAGAUUGCAUAUCAGAAAUUGACUCGAGGAACUGCAAAGUAAGGAACUGGUCUGUUGAUUUUUCGGCUGCUUGUGUCAAUCUUGACAGUUCGAGAAAGUCAAUCGAUAACCUCUCAGAGCAGAGCCAUCCAAAUGAGGUUGCUAGUCAGUUGAAUUUUCGUGAGCACUCAGGAGAGAGUGCUGCUGUCGACAGUAGUAUCUAUACAAAAGCAUGGGUUGAUACUGCUGGUAGUGUUGGGGUAAAAGACUACCAUGCCAUAGAGAUGUGGCAAUCUCAAGCAGCGGCAGCUGAUCUUGAUUUCUUCCAUCCUGACUCGUAUGUAAAGGAUGAGGAAGAUUCAAAUACAACUUCGAAAGGACUAAGCUGGAAGCAUGAAGGACUAUUAAAUGAGAGCUCUGUUUCACAAGUUACUGUUAACAAGGGGUCAUCGAGAAGUCAUCGUCGAGGAGCAGACCAAAUCAAACACGCAGUUGUUGAUUAUGUAGCUUCAUUGCUUAUGCCCCUCUAUAAAGCUAAAAAGAUUGAUAGAGAGGGAUAUAAGUCAAUCAUGAAGAAAGGUGCUACCAAGGUCAUGGAGCAAGCCACUGAUUCAGAGAAAGCAAUGGCUGUGUCCGAGUUUCUUGAUUUCAAGCGCAGAAACAAGAUUCGUGCCUUUGUGGAUAAAUUGAUUGAGAAGCACAUGGCCAUGAAGCCUGUUGUGAAAUCUUGAUACUGGAUAAUUGAUAUGUGAUUUCGAAGCACCGCUGUACAGAGUGCAGAAGUCCGCAUGAUGUUCAAGGAUGAAUUCACAGCUUUUGCUGGCAGCAUUGGGGUACAGAUAUAUCACAUCAGGUUCCCUGGUUAAACUGCGUACAAGCUCUUUGUGACUGUGAUGGUGCUGCAGAACAAAGGGCAUGGUUUGCUGCGUUUGGUUGAUUCAUAUUUGGUGGGCAUCUUGAACUGCAAUUAGAACUGGUGGAGUAAGCACCAGGAAUGAGCAUUUCCAGAUGCAAGCGGGAGUAAGCACAAGAAAUUGGUUUCUCAUUCCAAUUGCAGGCAUCAAUAGGGUAUGGUGAUGAUAGCAGAUUGCUCUAAGAGAAUGGCUUGUAAAGUUGCCAUCCAUCAAGGAUGUGCUGGUGAAAAAUUGAGAUAUCAGACCCUAAUUUUUAUUCAGGGAUUAUCAAGGAGAAACUAAUAAUCAUUGACUUUUUAUGAUAGUCUUCAAUGUGUACAGAUUCGGAUUGUGCUAGUGACUACUAAUGAGAAGGAUACAUAAACAGUUUUUGAUGGCCAAAGUAAUAUGUGAUGUUUACCUUUUUUAUUUAACAUUGAUCACUGAUUUUACUUUCUGUUCCCCCAAGUAAAUUUCCAUCUCACGUUAUACGCAUCUUUUUGAGGGCUGAAGCUUCUGCUUACUGGAUUUUGUCUUAUUUGAGUGCAUUCCUUGGGUGAGGAUGCUAGCCUUACUCUAGUACUUUCAAUGUGUCCAGCUUUUAACUGACUACAGCAUUUUUCUGUGAGUGUAUUUUGAUCCAGAAGGGAAAUAUCAACAUAUUUUGUAAUUGUUGUUUAUUUUAUCCAUCUGGAACUUAGAUUUGAUGUUGGAGUUGCAGAAUGAAUUGCAGGACUUGAUC